UACUAGAGAAAGUCAGAGGCUUGUGAUCAGAAAAUAGGUUUGAUCUGUGUAUACGGGGACUUGCUGCCAGCUUAUCUGUUGGGGAUGGCCCUUAGCUAGGCUUCUGCUGACCUUUGUUUUCUUGCCUCUGGCCCUGCCUACUGCUUUGGCUCCACCCUUGCCCCCAGCUACUGCCCCACCUGUCCCUCUAGCAAAGAGAAGGACUGAGGAAUAGGUUGGGUAGAUGCCUUAAAAGAAAGUGUUGCCUCAGUGGUUGCUUGAGAUAUACACAGUUGGUCGCCAGGAGCAGAUCACUCAGGGGGUCUUCCCAAGUAAUACCUCAACUUACUAAGACCAAUGUCCAAGGCUUCCUUCCAUUGUGAGCAACUUGGAAGGUCAAAAAGAAAAGUAAAGAAAUAGUUUCUACCUCGCAGAAUGUUUCAAGAGAGAGACAAGAACGUGGAAGGGUCUUCAGAGAACUCUGGGUGGUUGCAGGAAGCUGGCCCCAGUGGUCAGGGUUUAGCAGAAUGGCCUCGGGCAAAGCACGCUGUACCCGAAAGCUCCGGAGCUGGAUAGUGGCGCAGGUGGAGAGCGGGCAGUUCCCAGGGGUGUGCUGGGACGAUGAAGCCAAGACCAUGUUCCGGAUUCCCUGGAAGCACGCAGGCAAGCAAGACUUCCGAGAGGAGGACGCUGCCAUAUUCAAGGCUUGGGCAGAGUUUAAGCAGAGGCACAAGGGGGGGGACAUAGGCAACCCCGCCGUCUGGAAGACUCGUCUGCGCUGUGCACUCAACAAGAGUCCUGAAUUUGAGGAGGUUCCCCUCAGAGGCCGCAUGGAUGUUGCCGAACCCUACAAAGUCUAUCGGAUACUGCCACCAGGAACCCUCCCUGCCCAGCCAAGAACCCAGAAAUCAUCAUCAAAGCGACAUCUCAGUUCUGAGUCACCUGAGAGGGAAGAGGGCAAGGAGAAGGGGAGAACCAAUGGGACUGUGAGCCACUCAGACAGUGACAGCAGCAGCAGUAGCUGCUGCGAUGCCGGCGGCGGCAGCGGAAACAGCUGCAGCAGCAGCUUCGGCAGCAGCAGCAGCGGCACUAGCCCUGAGCUGGAGGAAGCAGGUGCCCGCACAACUGAAGACACCAUGCAGGAUGACUCGGUGUUCAUGGAGCAGCAGCUUUCUGAGAACCCAGACUUCUCGCUGCGGCUUACCUUCAUCUACAGUGGGCGUGUGGUGAGCGAGGUCCAGGUGAACAGCCUAGACUGCCGGCUGGUGGCUGAUCCCUCAUUCUCGGACAGAACCAUGCUGCAGGUGCUGUUCCCCAAACCUGACCCACCAGAGCCCACCCAGCACCUGCUCAGUCAGCUUGAGAGAGGCCUCCUGGUGGCCAGCAAUUCCAGGGGCCUCUUUGUUCAACGCCUUUGCCCCAUCCCCAUCUCCUGGAAUGCACCAGAGGCCCCGCCUGGGCCUGGGCCUCACCUGCUGCCCAACAAUAAGUGUGUGGUACUCUUCAAGACCACUUCCUUCUGUAGAGACUUGGCCCAGUACUUCCAGGGCCAGGGCCCACCCCCCAAGUUCCAGGCAACACUGCAUUUCUGGGAGCAGAGCCCUGGCUCCAGCCAGACCCAAGAAAAUCUCAUCACAGUGCAGAUGGAGCAGGCCUUUGCCCGACCUUUACUGGAGAAGAUUCCAGAGGAGCAGAGAGCCACCUUGUUCCUGGUACAGAACCCAGCACAGCCACUUGGUGCGUUAGCACUCUGAUAUUCGGGUCUCCACGGAAACAGACUUGUUCUCCACACCGUCAGUCUGCCUGUUUUUGUGAUGGAUUUUAUCACUGUGGGUUAUACAAGAUGGCUGAUAGAAAGCACAAGUAUAAUUUUUAUCCUUAAAAAAAUAUUUUGAGCCAGGCACAGUGGCGCAUACCUGUAAUCCCAGCAUUCUGGGAAGCAGAAGCAGGUGGAUCACUGUGAGUUUGAGGCCAGCCUGGUCUACAAAGUCCAGGACAGUUAAGGCUACACAGAGAAACCCUGUCUCAAAAAACAAACAGGAAAAAAAAUUAUUUUGAGAGCCAGGCUUGUUGGUGAAUAUUUGUAAACUCAGCACUUGAGAGAUAGACCAAGUGAUUAUGAGUUUCAAGAACAAUCUAAAGGAGAGCAACAGGACCAAAAAAUCUGGGCCCGGGGGUCUUUUCUGAGGCAGAUAUUCCAACCAAGGACCAUUCAUAGAGAUAACCUAGAACCCCUGCUCAGAUGUAGCCCAUGGCAGUGUCCAAGUGGGUUCCCUAGUAAGGGGAACAGGGACUGACUGUCUCUGACAUGAACUCAGUGGCAGACUCUUUGAUCAACUCCACCUGACGGGGGAAUAGCCUUACCAGGCCACAGAGGAAGACAAUGCAGACAAGCCUGAUGAGACCUGAUAGGCUUGGGUCAGAUGGAAGGGCCCCCCCAUCAGUGGACUUGGAAAGGGGCAUGGGAGGAGAUGAGGGA